UUCAGACUCAGGGAACUCGCUCAUGGCUUUCUUGAUGAAGAAGAAGAAAUUCAAAUUCCAAACCACUUUCACCCUGGAGGAGCUGACUGCAGUCCCCUUCGUGAAUGGGGUUCUCUUCUGCAAGGUCCGGCUGCUGGAUGGCGGGGACUUUGUCAGCUUGUCGUCAAGGGAGGAGGUGCAGGAGAACUGCGUGCGGUGGCGGAAGAGGUUCACCUUCGUGUGUAAGAUGAGCGCCAACCCGGCCACCGGCCUGCUCGACCCCUGCAUCUUCCGUGUGUCUGUGCGCAAGGAGCUGAAAGGUGGGAAGGCUUAUUCUAAGCUGGGCUUCGCCGACUUGAACCUGGCAGAGUUUGCGGGCUCGGGCUCCACGGUGCGCUGCUGCCUGCUGGAGGGCUACGACACGAAGAACACUCGACAGGACAACUCCAUCCUCAAGGUCACCAUUGGAAUGUUCCUGCUCUCGGGAGACCCCUGCUUCAAGACGCCGCCGUCCACUGCCAAGUCCAUCUCCAUUCCAGGCCAGGACUCCUCCCUGCAGCUGACGUGCAAGGGUGGCGGAACCAGCCGCGGUGGCAGCAGCAACUCCCUGACGGGGUCCCGGCCCCCCAAGGCCCGGCCCACCAUCCUCGGCUCAGGGGUGCCGGAGGAGCCAGACCAGAACCUGUCCAGCCCCGAGGAGGUGUUCCACUCUGGCCACUCCCGCAACUCCAGCUAUGCCAGCCAGCAGUCCAAGAUCUCGGCAGGCUACAGCACAGAGCAAUCGCGCUCCUCGAGCCUCUCAGACCUGACACACCGCCGGAACACGUCCACCAGCAGCAGCACCUCAGGCGGCCUCAGCAUGGCCGUGGAGGGGCCUGAAGGCAGCGAGCGCGAGCACCGGCCCCCCGAGAAACCACCGCGGCCGCCCCGGCCUCCGCAUCUGUCAGACCGCUCAUUCCGGAGGAAGAAGGACUCGGUGGAGAGCCACCCGACCUGGGUGGAUGACACGCGCAUUGAUGCUGAUGACAUCGUAGAGAAGAUCAUGCAGAGCCAGGACUUCACGGAAGGGAGCAAUACCGAGGACAGCAACCUCCGGCUGUUCGUGAGCCGUGAUGGCACCACCACCCUGAGUGGUAUCCAGCUGGCCAACAGGGUCUCCUCUGGGGUCUAUGAGCCAGUUGUGAUUGAAAGCCAUUGAGGAGCAGGUGCCCCGGCUGGAGAAGGGCCCUGCCUUCACGGGCGUCCAGACCCGCGUCAUUCCACAAGGGACCUUCCCCUUCGGAUCACCAUCCGUGCUGCCUCUCAUCUGUGCCUCCUCCAUGCACUCCAGCCCCAAAGCAUCAUUCCACUGACCUCCCAUCUAUGCUGGGACGCUCAUGGCCCACAAGGGCCCCGGGCACCACUGUGAAUAUUCUCCUCUGAACCACUAGGGAGCAGGACACAUGGGCCCGUGAAACAGGUGGGCAGAGACCCAUGGCGGGCACUGCCCCUCUGAGACCCACCUGGGCCCUCGGUGAGGACAUUCAGUAGUUCCUGCACAUGCAGGGAGGCUGGUGGCCGAGGGGCCUCUUGUCCUGUGUCCCCGUUCACUCCAGGAGCGCUGGCUCAGCCCUGGCAGGGCCUCGCUCCAUUGCCCCCUUGUCCUUGGCGGGGCAGUUCACCCCCCGGAAUCCUGCCACCAUGGCCCUCUGACUGCUUAGUGCUUCAGCUGUCACUCCUCUGCGUCCCGGGGGACCUGCUGGCGGCCUCCUCCGGGAAACCAAGACCUCAAACCCCACCCGCACUCUGGAUUGAGACCCCCCUCCCCCGCAGCGAAUGUUCUCCUGCUGCCCCGGCAGCCUGCACUUUGCACACGCUUGUCUCCAGCACAGCACGCUGGCCCUCGCCUGCCCGUCCACUGAGCCCUUCCCAAGGAUCCCUGGGCCCUGCCUGCUGUGCAGUCAGCAGCCCUGCCCUCGCAGCCCGGCUGGAACGUGGCACCGCCCCUGCCCCUCCCUGCUUUCUCUGGUUGGCUCCAGCUCAGGCCUGAGCCCCCUGCUGAGAAAGGUCUGAGCCUGAGCUUCGGUUCCCCUCUGCCCGGGGCUGGGUCCUGGGCAGCUGGCGUCCGUUAAGGAAGCCAGGAAAGGUGCCUCCCAAGGCCCUGGAGGUCAGCAGCCUGGCUGGGCUGGGUUUGCCAAGCCAAGCGCCCUUUCUCUCCCCUCAGGCUCAGCUGGCCCAGGCCGGGGCCGAUGCUGGAGAGGCAGAUGGGCUGUAGCUGGACUGGCCCGGAGCUGGCUUCCUGGCCAGAAAAGCCUCAGCCAACCUCUGAAAACAUGCCCUCUCUGGGCAAAGGAGAGGGUGGCGGGGGUUGGGGGGGCGUCCAUUAAGGGGGUUUCCCAGUGGGGAGCAGUCUGGCCCUGCCCCUGCCCCUACCCCUUGCUAUACCCUCUGCUCUCAGCACUUUCCCCUGGCCUUGUCCUGUUACUUGCUUGAAGGUGGGUUCUGGCUGCCCACCGGUCCCUGGACAGACUCCCCGACACUCUAACUUCCACUCAUUUUGUAUAAACCCAGCAGGCUGGUGUUUAUGUAGCCCCAUACCUUUUUCCUUUUCUUUCCUGAUUGGUUUUUUUCUUUUUCUUUUUUCUUUCCUUCCUCCCUUUCAUUUUCUUUUUUUAAGAGUUCACAGUUUGGUAUUUUCUCCUCCCCCAGGCGAGGGGAGGUGCUUCUGUUCUCCCUGUACCCGCUGGCUGGGUCCCAGCAGGGCUGGGGAUCUGGGGUGGGGGGUGGGGGUGCCCUCCCCAGGCUGGGAGGGGUCCUUGCCUUCUGCCCCAUUGGCAAGAAUUGGACUUGGUCUUGGAACCUCCUGGCAUUGGGACCAGAGCAUUUCUAGGAUUUCUGUUGUUGUUUUUAAUGCCCUAACCCUUUUAGAAAAUGAAUGUGAGAAGGUGCCUGCUGAGGCAGGAUGGAGCGUUUGCUCUGGCUGGGGAAGGCUCUGGUCAGCUCUGCAGGUCCCUUCCUGCCCCACAGACACCUGGCACUUUAAAAGGGAGCUGGUCGCACUGUCUACAGUUGAAGUGACCCCUAGAAGAUGGGGAACGCUAUCCUUCCCUUCUGUAUGGGGGCUUCAGGCAUAAGAUAGCUGGUUUUGGUGCUGUUGGGGAGAAUUCCCCAUACCAGGAACCCAGCCCCACCCUAGGCGAGGUCUGAAUUUGACAGUCACCCCAGAAGGAGACAGAGCCUGCCAUACCUUCCCAUGCCAGGCCCUGGGCCAGGGUAACUGGACUAACAGAAUUCAGCCACAACCAAAUCAAUGCUGGCUGGAGCUGGAGGCCUGGAGCCCCGGAGCCCCAGCCUCAUUCCCACAUGGGAGCCCUUUCUUUGACCCUCUGGUCCCCUCAAGCUCAGUGAAUUCCCAUUAGGUGCCCACAGCUCUGAACUAAAAAUCCUAUAUUUAGAAAGAGACAGAAUAUAUUAGAGAUAUUUUUGGAAAGGAAGUGGUCUAUGCAAUGCCAGUUUGGAAUCUUCUUGAAAGUUUAACGUUUUUACUAGGAGAUUUAAAGAAAGGUCUACAAUAUUUUUAGGUUUUUUUUUUUUUUUCUGGUCACCCCACAAACCGACCGCAUGGCAUGAUCCGCCAAGAUGCAGAAUGCCGUGGUCUCCUCUCUUUCGGGAGGUGAGCAGGGAGAUGGGGGGAGGGGAGGCCUUUUUUUUUUAACACCCCUCCUUUUGAACAGAAUGUUACCACCACCACCCCCUGAUUCAGUGGGCUGUGUUUGUAUCUCCGUCCCAGCUUCUAUUGUAGAAAAUAACAUUGUAAGGGGAAAUCAGCCUAGUGUCAGUGUCUCGGUUGGGGGGGUGGGGAUUAAAUGUUGCAGAUUUUGUUAUGGCA